AUGGAGGACGCGCACGCCAAAGAAGCCGAUGAGGUGUGCAAAUUUUUUGGCACCGGGCCAGAAGGAUUGAGUGAUUCACAAAUCGAUAACCUGCGGAAGAAAUAUGGAGAGAAUGGUGAGUUCUUUUGUUCUUUCUGUGAGAAGAUCUAAAAGUUUUCGAAAAAAAGAAAUCUACAUUUGAUAAUUUUUGGAAAUGCUUUCAAAUUCUAUUGAAUUCGAGGCCAAAUAAUGAAACUUCCAAUUUGUUUCAAUGCUCCAUCUGAAUUGCUUUCAAAUAAUCAUAAAAUCAGUGGUUUCGCUUUAUUUUAUAUGAAAAAACAGAUGUGUUUUAUUUAAAAACCUCCCACACACAAAAAACACAUUUUCGAUAGACAGUUUCCAAAGUUCUCGAAUUCCAAACUGUUCCAAAAAACAUGCAGAAAAAAGUUGUUGUAUCUUCAUUCAUCUAUCUUGCCAUUUGUUCACAUUUUUGUGAAUGUGUGUGCAAAAGAUGAAACCUGAGUAGGAUCUUUCGAUGUGUGUAUGUUGUUUUUUUGGCGUCACGAGCCGCCCGUCUUCUUCUUCUUCUUCAUCUUCAAAAUCCUGGGAGUUUCUCUCUCCCUCAUCUUUUUUGCUUUUUUUUCAUCUGAAGAAAGAACCGCCCGAUUCUGAUGAUUUUUUAUUGAUUUUGAAGAAGGAACACAAAAAAGAUGAGAGAAAAAAUAAGGGAAAGAGGUGUUAUACAUAAAUAUACAAAUAUGUUAUCAUUGAUAUAUAGUAUUUAUAAAGGGAAUCAAAUAACACACACAGACAAAUAUGGAAAUUUCGAUUUUUUUUGUGUAGGAAUAUAAGAAAGGUACUUUGGAAGGAUGAAAGAGUUGAAAAGAUAUCAGGCAAAAUGAGUAAACAUUCUGAAAUUAGCUUUCAAUGAAACUUGAUGAAACUUGCUUCUGAACAUGAUCCUGAAGUCAAAAACUUCUCUUUUGGCUAAUUUUAGAGCUCAUGAGUGCUCAAAAUGCAUUUUUGACUUCAGGAUCUUCAUCAGCAGGGUCAAUUCAGUAGGUUCAUUGAAUCCGAGCCUAGAAAAUCUGAAAUAUUUUCAUUGAGAAGUGCACUUCGGAAUUCAUAGUGAAUUUUGAAUCAGAUCAGAUCAGAAAUCAAAAUUCGGACUAAAUUUUGAUAAUUUCUUUGUGUUAUAAUUAAAAUUGGGUGAAAAAUUCUAAAAAUGAUUUUCAAAACACAGAAUUUCAAAUCAUCUUCAUUUUUAUUCCAGAAAUGCCUGCCGAAGAAGGAAAAACAUUAUGGGAGUUGAUUUUGGAGCAAUUCGACGAUUUGCUCGUCAAAAUUCUCCUCCUCGCCGCCAUCAUCUCAUUCGUCCUCGCCCUAUUCGAAGAGCAUGAAGAUCAAACUGAAGCCGUCACCGCCUUCGUCGAACCAUUUGUUAUUUUGUUGAUUCUUAUCGCCAAUGCCACAGUCGGAGUCUGGCAGGUAAGAAAAUUUGGAGUUUUUACAUGUUUUUUUCACGAGGAGUUCCACCAAAAAACUCGGAGAAAAAAGAGAUAAAAAGUGUAAUAUCUUUGGUGCGUAAAUGCUCUUUGCGCUCAUUUUUUUGCUGUUGUUGGGCCAUGAGAUGAUCUCAAUUGAUUGCGUAAAUUUUUGAUGGAUGAGUUGAUCCGGAAGAGUGUACUUUUUUUGAAGACAAAUUGGUUUCUCCCCAGAAAAAAGAUGUAAACAUCAAUCCAAAUAUUCAAAAUCAAAAAUAAUAUUUUUAGGAACGUAAUGCCGAAUCUGCCAUCGAAGCCCUCAAAGAAUAUGAACCAGAAAUGGCCAAAGUUGUUCGAUCUGGACAUCAAGGAAUUCAAAUGAUCCGUGCCAAAGAACUCGUGCCAGGAGACUUGGUCGAAGUGUCAGUCGGAGACAAAAUUCCAGCCGAUCUUCGACUCAUCAAGAUCUACUCAACAACAAUUCGAAUUGAUCAAUCAAUUUUGACCGGAGAAUCUGUGUCAGUCAUCAAACACACCGAAUCAGUUCCAGAUCCACGUGCCGUCAAUCAAGACAAGAAGAAUUGUCUGUUCUCUGGAACCAAUGUUGCGUCUGGAAAAGCUCGCGGAAUCGUUUUCGGAACCGGAUUGAACACUGAAAUCGGUAAAAUUCGUACUGAAAUGGCUGAAACUGAAUCUGACAAGACGCCACUUCAACAAAAAUUGGACGAAUUCGGAGAGCAAUUGUCGAAAGUCAUCUCGGUCAUCUGCGUCGCCGUUUGGGCCAUCAACAUCGGACAUUUCAACGAUCCAGCUCACGGUGGAUCAUGGGUCAAAGGAGCAAUCUACUAUUUCAAAAUUGCUGUCGCGUUGGCUGUCGCUGCUAUUCCAGAAGGUCUUCCAGCUGUUAUCACAACAUGUUUGGCUUUGGGAACACGUAGAAUGGCCAAGAAGAAUGCUAUUGUCAGAUCAUUGCCAUCUGUUGAAACUCUCGGAUGUACUUCAGUCAUCUGCUCUGAUAAGGUAACAUAUUUUUGAGCUUGGAAAUUUUCAAAUUAUUAUUUUUCAGACCGGAACCUUGACCACCAAUCAAAUGUCUGUCUCAAAAAUGUUCAUUGCUGAGUCCGCCUCAGGAGAUCAAAUUAACUUCACCGAAUUCACCAUCGGAGGAUCAACAUACGAACCAGUUGGAAAGAUUCAACAAAAUGGACGUGAAGUGAGUUCAGAAUUCUAGAAAAUCAGAGAAUAAUGUUCCAAUUUUCUCUAGAUCAUCCCAGCUAAUGGAGAUUACGACGCGCUCACCGAAUUGGCCACAAUUUGCGCUAUCUGCAAUGACUCGGCUGUCGAUUACAACGAAACCAAGAAAAUCUACGAGAAAGUCGGAGAGGCCACCGAAACCGCGUUGGUUGUUCUCGCCGAAAAAUUGAACGUCUACGGAACAUCGAAAGCCGGACUCGGACCAAAAGAAUUGGGCGGAGUUGCCAAUCGUGUCAUCCAACAAAAAUGGAAGAAAGAAUUCACUUUGGAAUUCUCGCGUGAUCGUAAAUCAAUGUCUGCCUAUUGUUUGCCAGCCGCUGGAGGAUCUGGAGCCAAGAUGUUUGUCAAAGGAGCGCCAGAAGGAGUGUUGGGAAGAUGUACACAUGUCAGAGUUAAUGGACAAAAGGUUCCACUUACACCAGCAAUGACACAAAAGAUUGUUGAUCAAUGUGUUCAAUAUGGAACUGGAAGAGAUACACUUCGUUGUUUGGCUUUGGGAACAAUUGAUUCGCCAAUUGCAGUUUCAAGCAUGAACUUGGAAGAUUCCACCAAAUUCGCGCAAUACGAAAAAGAUAUCACAUUUGUUGGUGUUGUUGGUAUGCUCGAUCCACCAAGAACUGAAGUUAUGGCCUCAAUCAAGGAUUGUAAUCAUGCUGGUAUUCGUGUUAUUAUGAUUACCGGAGAUAACAAGAAUACUGCUGAAGCAAUUGGUAGAAGAAUUGGAUUGUUCGGAGAAAACGAAGAUACAACUGGAAAAGCUUACACUGGAAGAGAAUUCGAUGAUUUGCCACCAGAGCAACAAUCGGAAGCCUGCAGAAGAGCCAAAUUGUUCGCGCGUGUCGAGCCAAGUCACAAAUCAAAGAUUGUCGAUAUUUUGCAAUCACAUGGUGAGAUUACUGCUAUGACUGGAGAUGGUGUCAACGAUGCGCCAGCUUUGAAAAAGGCCGAAAUUGGUAUUGCUAUGGGAUCCGGAACUGCUGUCGCCAAAUCUGCAUCAGAAAUGGUUUUGGCUGAUGACAACUUUGCCUCAAUUGUAUCCGCUGUUGAAGAGGGACGUGCCAUUUACAACAAUAUGAAACAAUUUAUCCGCUAUUUGAUCUCGUCCAACGUCGGAGAAGUCGUCUCGAUCUUCAUGGUCGCCGCUCUCGGUAUUCCAGAAGCCUUGAUCCCCGUCCAACUUUUGUGGGUCAAUCUUGUCACUGAUGGUCUCCCAGCCACUGCUCUCGGAUUCAAUCCACCAGAUUUGGAUAUUAUGGACAGAUCUCCACGUUCGGCCAAUGAUGGUUUGAUCUCUGGAUGGUUGUUCUUCAGAUAUUUGGCUGUCGGAAGUGAGUUCUUGAUUGUAUUCCCUGAAGUGUCUUUGUGAAGAGAAUCAAAAAAUGAUUCUUGUAUUUUAGUUUUUUUCUCUCAAAAUUUCCUGUUUUUUUCCAGCCUACGUCGGAGUUGCCACCGUUGGAGCUUCAAUGUGGUGGUUCUUGUUGUAUGAGGAGGGACCACAAAUCACCUAUUAUCAAUUGACCCACUGGAUGAGAUGCGAAAUUGAGCCGGACAACUUUGCCGAUUUGGAUUGUGCCGUCUUCGAGGAUAAUCAUCCAAACGCUAUGGCUUUGUCGGUUUUGGUUACCAUCGAAAUGUUGAACGCUGUCAACUCAUUGUCCGAAAAUCAAUCGUUGUUGGUGAUGCCACCAUGGAAGAAUAUCUGGUUGAUGGCCGCUAUCACACUUUCCAUGUCUCUUCAUUUCGUUAUUCUCUACGUUGAUAUUAUGGCUACUAUCUUCCAAGUGAGUUUUGUGCUUUCUAGGCGCGGCUGCUUGUGAACUAGGGUUUCUAGGAUCGGAUGCUUGGAAUAGGAGUUCUCUAGGCGCGGGUCCUAGACAAUCAGAUUCUGUAGGUGUGUCUACUUGAAACCGAGGCUCUCUAGGCGCGAGUACUAGAGAGCUAGGCUUGCUAGACUUAGCUACUUGGUAGUGAAGUUUUUGAGACGUGGAUCCUUAUUGUGGUAAAAUUCUAGACGCGGCUCCUAGACAAUUAGGUUUUCAAGGCGUGACUCCUUGCCAGAGUAGAUCUCUAGGCGUGGGUCCUAGACAAUUAGGUUCUCUAGGCGCUGAUGCUUGACAGUUGGAAUUUCUAGGUGUGGCUGCUUGACAACUAGGGUUUCCAGGCCUGGCUACUUAGCAUAUAAGCUCUCAAGGCGUGGCUCCUUGCCAGAGUGCUUUUCUAGACUAGGGACCUAGACAAUUAGAUUCUCUAGGCUCAGUUACUUGACAAGCUCGAAUAUUUCACACAGAAGCUCCAAAGGCCACGUGAACGAGUCAAAAAUCUUUCAAAAUUCAGAAAUUCAAAAAAUUUACAGGAAAUUUUUUGAUUUUCACGACCUGCUUCCAAUAACUUCAUUUUGUUCAGAUCACCCCAUUGAAUGUGGUCGAAUGGAUUGCCGUAUUGAAGAUCUCAUUGCCAGUUUUAUUGUUGGACGAAAUUCUCAAAUUCAUUGCUCGCAACUACAUCGACGGUAAGCCCGAAACAGUCGGCCAAAAAGUUCGAACAGUUGUAUCGUUAACCGCGUGGAUUGGAAUAACUGUCGCCUACUUUGCAUGGAUGUUGGGACCAUAUGCUGAUCUAAUAAAUCAUGCAUUAAUCGGACCACAAGUUGAUCCACAUUCAUAUGAUACUCCUCCAACUGGAGCAAUCAAAAAUGAAUUGUAGACUUGGGAAUGACAUCUUCUUACACUCUGUUUGUUUUUUGUCUUUUCUAAUCUUUUUUAUUCGCGAUUGUUUUGGAAAUAAUCAAAAUGUUUCAUAAUGGUCUUCUUGUUACUUGAUUUUAUUCCUUUCUUACCCCGAAUGUCACCUAAAGGGAGUAUGUUUUCUAAUUUCAUGGAUAUUUCUAUAUGGAACUCCUCCCUUUAAUUUGAAUUGCGUGUUUUUGUGCCCUUCUUCUUGUAUCAUACAAGUUUUGUGCUCAUUUUCAUAUUUUCCCUCUUCAUAUUUAUGCCCCUUUUUCCUUUUUUGUCCUACGGUCCUUUUAUCCCCAUUCAAAAACUUGUCGAGACCCAAAAGAUUUUCUAUGAUCGAUUUUUAUAUUUCUUAAUUUAUUUGUUCUUACUCGUGAUAUGAAUUUUAUUGAUGAAAAAUAACAGUGUGCUUUUUUUUUUUUGAAUUCUAAUACCUUUGGUAACUUACCUCUGUGUUUUCUUUGGAUUUUUGUGUGGAAAUUCUCUAAACCUCUUGGGGAAAAAUAAUCAAUAAUGAAUUACAGUUGAACCAGCGGCAAAAUCAAAGAAGGACUAA